CCAGAAACAGGUGAAGAGUAGAGCAAUUAAAUAAUACAGGUGGAGGAAAGAUAAAGUACUGGUCUUGCAUCCAGUGCUAGCUGUGAUCACCAGUCAGUGACAGAAAGAAAUCAGUUUGUGGAACCAGCAGAGGUACGUGGACAUCAGUGGAAAGACGGAGAGAAAGUAAGAUGGCCGAGGAGCCAAAGAUUGAACUCUUUGUAAAGGCCAGUUAUGAUGCUGAGAGUGUGGGGAACUGCCCUUUCUGUCAGAGACUCUUCAUGAUUCUUUGGUUAAAAGGGGCCAACUUUACCCUGACCACUGUAGACAUGAAGAGGGCUCCGGAUGUACUGAAGGAUUUGGCUCCAGGCUCUCAGCCUCCCUUUCUCAUCUACAAUGAUGAAGUCAAAACGGACACUAAUAAGAUUGAGGAGUUCCUGGAGGAGACCUUAGCCCCUCCACAGCACCCAAAAUUGUGCUGUCGUUACAAAGAGUCCAACAGUGUUGGAGAAGACAUCUUCCGAAAAUUCUCAGGAUAUAUCAAGAAUCCCAAUCCUGGUUUAAAUGACAUGCUCGAGAAGAAAUUUCUUUCCACUCUGGUGAAGCUGAACAUGUAUCUAGAAACUCCUCUCCCUCACGAGCUGGCCAAAAACCCAGAUCUUACUGUGUCUUCACGUCUCUUCCUGGAUGGUGACAGCCUUACCUUGGCAGAUUGCAACUUGCUUCCCAAACUCAACAUUGUCAAGGUGGUGAUCAAGGAGUACCGUGACUUUGCCAUCCCUGCAGAGCUCAAAGGUCUGACACGUUACCUAGAGAAUGCCUACAAACGGGACGAGUUUCGCCACACCUGCCCAAAUGACUCAGAGAUUCUCCUCGCCUACCAUUCUGUCGCCCAGUACCUAAGCAAAUAGAGGAGUGAACCUAAACAGCAUUCAUGAAAUUAAAGAAAGUAAAAACAGAAAGAGAUAAAAUGCAGAUGACUCAGAUAUACCAUGUUGAAAAUUAAGUUCUAUAUCUGUUUAAAUUACAUCUGUGUGGACAAUAAAAAAAAAUGGCAGUUUAAUCAUUUACUUUCUAUAAAAAGUAUAGUUGUUACCAUGACUUUGGCUCCCUCUAGUGUUUCUCGAGUGUUUUUGUAAAUGCCGUGUACGUGCGUGUUUUGUGUCUGAACGUAAUGUUAAGUGCACUUAAUUCAAAUCAGAUUUUAAACUACACAUUAUUUUAGCAUACACAUAAAAAGAUGAAUGACUGUACAUAACUCCUCUUUACAUAUUUUUAUAUAGUGACUGCAUAUUAGCAGUGACCGUAUGAGAAUGGUUUAAUUUAAAUGCAUAAAUGGAGGGUGAAGGAAAGAGUAUAUCUAUUUAUAUGGACAUUAUGGACAUACAUUAAAGGUUAAAUAUGAAAAAGUGGCUAAUGUUGGUACAUGAAUGUUUGUAUAUGAAUUUAUUAGCUACUAAAUUUUUGCUUUAAAGUUGUCAUGAGUAAUCGUUUUUAUAUUAAAGUUGUAUGGUGAAUGCAGAUUUUUCAUCAUCAUGGAAUCCAAAACAUUGGAUGAAACUUAAUCAGUUUUGUUAAUAGCAAAUGAA